CAAACCGCUGCAACGUCACGUCAGCUGUUUCUCCGUUCCCCGCAACGCGCAUUUUUGUUGAUCUGAUCGAAUCGGCCUGACGUUUGUCCCCUUUCGCUCAGCUGUUCAGUGUUUUGGCAAAUUUCUCAGAAAAUAUGUCGACGGAACAGGAGGCUGCCAGCUCGAGCAGCGAGCUGCCCCUCGAUCUGAUCGAGUCGUCGCAGGAGAAAAAGGAGGAAUUCACGGAGCCCGAAGCGAAAAAACGUAAAAUAUCCAAACAGCAGAGCGACGAUAAAAAGCACAAACUCGAAGAAAGACUGGGUGGAAUUUUGUGCUGCGCAGUUUGUCUCGAUCUGCCCAGGGCCGCCGUUUAUCAGUGCACCAACGGCCACUUGAUGUGCGCGGGCUGUUUCACGCACGUGCUGGCCGACGCGCGCCUGCGCGACGAGACCGCCACGUGUCCCAGCUGUCGCGUGGAAAUAUCCAAGGUGUCGGCCACCAGGAACUUGGCCGUGGAGAAUGCGGUCAGUGAGCUGCCCAAUGAGUGCCAGUUCUGCGGCAAGCAGUACCCGAGGAACUCGCUGGAGCGUCACGAGGAGCAGGAGUGCGAAGAGAGAAUCUCGGGAUGCAAGUACAGUCGUAUCGGAUGCCCUUGGAGGGGCCCCGAACACGAGCGGCAGGAGCACGAGAGCCAGUGCGCGCACCCGCACCGCACAGGCGCAGAAGUGAUGGACUCGCUCCUGGCCAUGGACCAGCAGAUGGCCGAGGAGAAGAAGCUCUUCGAGAACAUAUUCGAUUUGUUGGGAUACGAGAAAAUCACCUUCACCGAUAUACAGUUGAAACCGUACAGGACCGACGAGUUCGUUCACCGCUUGUUUUACGAAUCGUCCAGGUUUUCCGCUUUCAACAAUCAGUGGGUGGUUAAGGCAAGGAUAAACAACUGUCAAAAAGAUCCCACACAGAGUUCCCAGCGCGAUAUGAAUUAUCAGUUGAUUCUGAAGUCCAAGUCCACGACGUCUCUGAAUCUGAGCUACAUCGUGUUAAGAGGUCCCGUAGGUGACAUCAAGGUGAAACCGAGGAUUUACGAGUUCGAUUUCACAGACCAGAACAACGAAAGUCCUUACGUCACCUUGCCGUUACCUGACACAGCCGAAUGCAACCGAUUGCUAGCAGCGAAAACUAUAAAUCUCAGGUUAAUUAUGUUUCUCGUCUCGAAGUAGAAAUUUUUGGCUUCCGAAUGUCGAAACCAUCCGCUACAUUGAUGCCUGGUUCUAACACAACAUACACACAGAAUGUAAUAAAAUUCUCGUGCUAAUAUCACCGAAAACGUUAAGGAGAUGUCUCUUUCUUUUUUUAUACAUAAUUAUAUUUAAUUGAGGAUCUCAAGCGACAUAGGUAUAAGUUUUUUCUGUCUCUUUGGCAUAUUUUUUGCGAUUUCCGGUAUAGUGUUGAGAGAAACAAAACGCAGGACGGUUUAAAAUUCUAGAAAAACUAUAUUGAAAAUGACAGAGAGAAAAUAUAACGACGUGUUUUUCUAGAGUUUUAAACCAGAUAUGCGAUAGAAUAUCACGAAAUAUUUCUUUUUUUUUAUAUUAAGAUGAUAUAUAUAUAAAAAAUAUAUACUUUUUAGAUAUUAUUAUAUACUGUUGAGUUAGAGAAGUAUUUAUUUAAAAAUAGAAUAUAUUUUUACCUUUUUUUUGUUACCCCGUAUAGAGAACUGUAUAUACGCUCAUCUUAAUCGACUUUUUUUUUCAUUUCUCUUUAAUAAUUAAUUUUAUUAGUAAUAUUCUUCUCCGAGGUUGCCACGUUUCGAUUUUUUUCAGUUAAGAGUGGAAUAUUUUCGGAAAAAUAUUCCGUACUAAUUUUGACAUGAAAUAAUUUAAGGGAUUUGGUAAUUGAAGAGUUAUUUUAAGAAAUACAAAUAUAUAUAUUAAAAAAAUACAA